UCACCCAAGCUAGCACGUGGAAAGACCGCGAGUGAUUCAGUCUGAAUGUGUGUUACACUGAAUCGAGAGUAUCGAUCGAUUUCCGACCAGUGAUCGGCACAUUCCUUGCCUGAAUUAUUGACGUAGAGGGUCGAUCUGUAUAGCACAGUCUUUAAAUACAACAUUCCCGCGUAAUAUUUGGAGGUUUCAUGUAUGUCGUGUCAGUUUUGGGAUGUUGUAUGUGUACCGUGUGUUUCCUCCAGACUAAUAUAUCGAUCCUUCACACAGGAGGAAUAGAAUUCAAGGAUUUGUGACGUAUAGUAUUGAUUUCUGUCAAAGUUAUUUCGGUGCACAUGCUGAAACUGACAUUCCGGGAGCUCUCCACAUGUGUUUAAUAGAAUUGAUUUUUCCGGAUAAUGUAGAAAUUCACGUCGAUGGCUUUUGGCGUGAACAAGAAUAACAUUUUUUACUGUUUUCGCUGUGGUCGUUUGUAUAAAUUGGCUUUAGGCUUUCCGUGACGCUAUUUAUAAAAUUAUAAUAUUAUAAUAGUUUCGCUUAUAAUAUUAUAAUAGCUGGAAACGGAACUAACGUUAGCUGUAGAAACCGGAACAAUUCCAACAUGGAUGGAACAGAUUCCGGGUCCUGUGGAGACGUAGUCGUUAGAAGGCUACCAAGGGAGGUAACUCUCGGAUCAUCAUGGCAGAGAGUUUUUCGGUGAUGCGUCAGAUCGACCAACAGUUAUUGAGUUGUGGGAUAUGUUUGGAGAGGUAUACAACACCGAAGGUAUUGCCCUGUCUGCACACCUUCUGUCAGAAGUGUUUGGAUAGCUAUAUCCCACCGGAGAGUCUCUCAAUCACUUGUCCUAUCUGUCGCCAACAGUCUAUUCUACCACAAGAGGGCGUUGAAGCUCUCCAAUCAAAUUUCUUCAUUACGAAUUUGAUCGAGGUUAUCGAGAACCCCAAGGUGUGUCGGGACUGUGGGAAAGAGAGUGGGACGUCUAUGUCCAAGUGUGUCGACUGUGGAGACUUCUUAUGUGAAAAGUGUUCCGACUCUCAUUUGACCGAGGACCUCACUAAGGAGCACAACGUCAUAUUACUGGCUGACGUCACAGGCUACGCGGAUAAAUCCCUCGAUAUGACGCUUGUUUGCCCUAACCAUGACGGGAAUUCUCUGUUGUACUAUUGCUGUGCAUGUGAAACGGCCGUGUGCAAAGAUUGUACUGAUGUGGAACACAUUGGCCACAAGACAGUGCUACUUGAGGAGGCAAUUUUCGAACAGAAAGGUCAGUUGCAAGAUUUGGUAACGAAAGCCAGAGAGCAGAUUCCAAGUUUGGAGUCGGCUAUUGUCACUGUAGGGACAGUUACGGAUAAUCUGCACGAGAAUAACGCUUAUGCCGAGGAUAAAAUCAAAACUGCAUUUGGAGACCUUAGAAAAAUGAUGGAUGAAAGAGAAACUGCUCUUCUGGGCGAACUGUCGACAAUCUACGACCACAAGAAAUUGACUCUCGCAGGCCAGAAAGAAAGACUUGAAAGCAUUCUGUCUAGAAUGUCUAAUUGUUGUGACGUGACUGAUGAAACAUUAAAAAGUGGAAGUGAAACAGAAAUAUUGCUUAUAAAGAAGGAAAUGUCAGAAAAGUUGAAGGAACUACCUGCUCUUAGACUUCAAUUUCAGCCCGAAGAGAAUGAGUGUCUGAUCUUUGACCCUAGUCAUUUUCAAAGUCUCAAAAAGUUAAUGGUAAACGUCGGUAAUAUUAACAGUAAUAGUGCUAUAGCCUUUGAGACGGUUGCCAGUGGUGACGGCCUCAAGGUAUGUCACAUCGGUAGGCCUUCUAUCAUCACCGUGACAACCAAGGACAGGAAAGGGGAGUUAAUUAAGAUCGGAUUCGCUUCUCUCUCGGCGGAAAUACGUGACGAAUCUGGUCACAAGCAAUCUCCGGCCAUUAUCGACCACCAGAACGGUAGUUAUGAGAUAUCGUAUACAGUUAAAAAAGAAGCUGCCUAUGAACUUGACGUCAAGCUUUAUGGUCAACAUAUUCGGGGUUCCCCAUUUAAAAUCAGGGCUCUUUCCGGUGUGGAUGAAGGAUCCGACCACCUAGGAAAUUCGUCAAAAAUACCGAGAACCGUUGUGAAACAAAAAGGAACAAAACGCCUAUCAAGUUCAAGGUCGCAUGGAUCGAACCGUCGUAGCAACCCCAUCGAAGACGACCUGUUGAUGAGAAUUGGUACGAAAGGCCGAAACAAAGGCGAGUUUACAAACCCACAAGGAGUGUGUGUGGUUGGAGGAAAGACAGUAGUGGCCGACAGCAACAACCAGUGUGUUCAGGUAUUCAGUGAGAUUGGUGACUGUAAAAUCAAGUUUGGGUCCCCCGGACGGGUUGCAGGGAAGCUCCAACGACCCACGGGAGUGACUGCUUCCCUGAACGGGAACUACUUGGUGGCCGACUAUGACAACAAGUGGAUCAGUGUUUUCUCUCCAGAAGGAAAGUACGUAAACAAGAUAGGUACCGGGAAACUUUUGGGACCAAAGGGGAUCGCUGUGGAUAAGAACGGACACAUCAUAGUCGUGGACAACAAGGGAAGUUGUGUGUUCAUAUUUCAAUCUAACGGUAAACUGAUAUCAAAGUUCGGAUCUAGGGGGAACCAUGACUGGCAGUUCGCAGGACCUCACUACGUAGCCGUGAACAAGGACAAUGAUAUACUCAUCUCAGAUUUCCACAAUCACUGCAUCAAAGUGUUUGACGGUGAAGGGAACUUUCUCAGUAGUUUCGGAUCAAAUGGGGAAGGAAACGGCCAGUUCAAUGCGCCCACCGGACUAGCAGUAGACAGCAACGGCAACAUCCUGGUGGCGGACUGGGGGAACUCACGGAUCCAGGUAUUCGACAGUACGGGGUCUUUCCUCAGCUUCGUCAACUCCUCCGCCGAGCCGCUCUACGGACCCCAGGGACUGGCUGUCACGGACGACGGUCACGUAAUUGUGUCCGAUUCCGGAAACCAUUGCUACAAAGUGUACAAAUACCUACAGUGAAAGAUAGCUCCUGAUGUCACUCCAGCUUCGGUUUUCAGAUUAUUGUCAACUUGAUUUGAAAGUGUAAUUCGGAAAGCAAUUUCCUUUAUUAUAUCUAUUUCUUAUCAUUCCGAAGAUGUUUUGGCCACAACUCGAAAGUUAUCAGAGUUUUACCAUUUUCUAACAUGGAAUGUUUUUGGCCAGAGUACCUGCGACAUCUGACAUGACCAAAACAUUGUCCAGCAUUUUUCAAAAGUGUCUAAGUAGCUGUUUUCAAUAUAAAUGUGGACUUGCUUCUAUUUUGUUCAAAACAAUAUGGUACUUUAUUCGAUUAUCUUUUGAUAAAUAUGAAAUGAUCUAAAUUAAUUAGAAUAUACGUAUAUUGCAUAUCCACAAUGUUAAUAGCAGGUAAACACUAGAGUUUGUCCUCAGUUUCGCACCAUACAGAACACAAAAUUGGUUCAAGUUAUUUCCCUGAUAUUAUGAAACCGGAAUUCCUUUUUAUGUUACACAUGAUCUUUAAAAUACAACAGAUGUAAUAUUUGAAUUGGUACGGCCACGUGAAUGAACAACCUCCUGUUAUAUGUCGGACACUGUGACGUCGGUUUAGGUUGUGAUCAUAUGUGAACUAUUGUGAUAGUGAAGAAAGAUUAACUGAUAUUUCAAUAAUACGCAACAUAUUGUUUUAUUGUAUAUGCUAUACCAGGUCCCGAUCUGUGUUCACCCUCAUUAUAGCCUGCUUCAUCUCGUCCACUGCCGUCGCUCCCCUAUGUUACCCCACUCCACUACCCGGCCUCUCCCCUUCCCCUACGCCGCCCCUCCUAUUACCUUCCACUACUCGCCCGCCCCUC